AGAGAGGCAUGUCCCUGCGUGUUCCUGCUGAGGUGGAGCGACGCAGAGUCUGAGCGGAGACAGAGUCAGUCCUCUUCUGUCAGUCCUGAAGCAGCAGCAGCAGCAGCACGAGCUCCGCGCGGACUCACCGCACCGCUCCGUGUCUUUUACCGAAUCACCGGAUGGAUCAUUGACGUCACGCCGCCAAAUUCUCGGACGCGCUUCAUUUGGACUUUGGGGAUUUAAUCGGCGCAGAUUAUAUUCUGAGUUGUAAUCUAAUUCUCGUGUUUGACGGUCUCCGGGAGGCUCGCACCCAGCGGGGGCAGCAGCCAUGGGUUUCUACGGCACCUUGAAGCUCAUCUUCUACAAAAUGAAGAGGAAGUUGGAUCACGGUCCAGACGGCCGUCCGUUCCCUUCAGGGAAGAAACACUGCAAAGGCAACGGAUACCUCAGUCCCUCCAGUCUGGUUCAGGCCACCACGCCCACCACCUUCGGCGACCUGCGGUUGGCCAAUGGGCAUUCGGCUCAGCGGCGGCGUGUCACCUCUGGCCCGCCCCCCUCCGGCCUGCAGGACUGGCUUCAUACCUUCCAGGCGUGGAGCGGCCCCGAGAGGCUGCUGGCUCUGGACGAGCUGAUCGACAGGUGUGAGACGAGUCAGGUGAAGCACAUGAUGCAGGUCAUCGAGCCGCAGUUCCAGAGAGACUUCAUCUCCCUGCUGCCCAAAGAGUUGGCGCUGUACGUGCUGACCUUCCUGGCUCCCAGAGACCUGCUGCAGGCCGCUCAGACCUGCAGGUACUGGAGGAUCCUGGCUGAGGACAACCUGCUGUGGAGGGAGAAGUGCCGCGAGGAAGGUGUGUCGGAGUAUUCGUCGUCUCAUCGGAGGAAGUGUGCGCGGCCCGGCGCGGCGGUCAGUCCGUGGAAAUCGGCCUACAUUAGACAACACCGCAUAGAGAACAACUGGAGGAAGGGGGACACGCGAGAGCCAAUGGUGUUGAAAGGUCACGACGACCACGUGAUCACGUGUCUGCAGUUCAGCGGCGACCUCAUCGUCAGCGGCUCCGACGACAACACGCUCAAAGUCUGGUCGGCCAUCACGGGCAAGUGUCUGCGGACGUUGACGGGUCACACCGGCGGCGUGUGGUGCAGUCAGAUGGCGGUCGCCACGGUGAUCAGCGGCUCCACCGACCGAACGCUGCGUGUGUGGGACGCCGAGAGCGGCGAGUGUGUCCACACGCUGUACGGACACACGUCCACUGUGCGCUGCAUGCAUCUCCACGGCAACCGGGUGGUUUCGGGUUCUCGGGACACGACGCUGCGCGUGUGGGACGUGUCGACGGGCCGCUGCGAGCACGUGCUGACGGGCCACGUGGCGGCGGUGCGCUGCGUCCAGUACGACGGGCGCCGCGUGGUGUCGGGCGGCUACGACUACAUGGUGAAGGUUUGGGACCCCGAGACGGAGGCGUGUCUUCACACACUGCAGGGACACACCAACAGAGUGUACUCGCUGCAGUUUGACGGUGCGUUCGUGGUGAGCGGCUCGUUGGACACUUCAAUCAGAGUCUGGGACGCAGAGACAGGUGGGUGUGUCCACACGCUGUCGGGCCACCAGUCUCUGACCAGCGGCAUGGAGCUGCGAGACAACAUCCUGGUGUCCGGGAACGCCGACUCGACGGUGCGAGUGUGGGACGUCCGGACGGGACAGUGUCUCCACACGCUGCAAGGGCCCAAUAAGCACCAGUCGGCGGUGACGUGCCUGCAGUUCUGCAGAGGUCUGGUUCUGUCCAGCUCCGAUGACGGGACGGUCAAACUGUGGGACCUGAAGACCGGAGCCUGGCUGCGAGACGUGGUGGCCCUGCAGAGCCGCGGAUCAGGUGGCGUGGUGUGGCGAAUCAGAGCGUCCGACACGCGGCUGGUGUGCGCCGCCGGCAGCAGGAACGGGACAGAGGAGACCAAACUGCUGGUGCUGGACUUUGACCUGGACGACCGGAAGAAGGAGACGGAGUGAGAGGAGGACGCCGCGAGAGACAACUGGGAGUUUAUUUCAUUUUGACCAAAGUCUGCAUCCCUCGACCAUCGGACACGCAGGUAUGAAUGUCAAACACGUCCCGAUCGGCUGGCAGACAAACGGACACACUCAGAGGACAGCUGGACGGACAAAACAUCAACCUGGACACCCAAUGUGGAUUCACGAACCGGCCAAAAUAAUGACGUGACAUAGCUGCACUGACAUGGACGACGCCAAAUUGGACGCCACAAUCACCCAAAAUAUGGCGACAAAUGAAUGUUUUUGACGGACAGAGACACGGAUGAAAACGUUUUUGUUUUUUUACGACACGCGGUGAAUGUUUGACGGACAGACGGACACGUGUUGAUUAAAAAAAUGUCUCGGAUGGAUUUUUGGUGGAAGACGAGGGCAUUGACUUUUAUUGCUGCUGAACCAAUGAGGAGCUCGAAGACGCCGUUUUUAACAAACCAAUCCAAACGUACCAAAUCUUGAAGGCCGGACACGACGCGGGCAACUUUUUGAGGCAACGUAGACGGGCAAUGUUGCUUUGAGUCAGUAUUGUUUUCACAUCACCAGUCUGCUAUGGUGGCUUGUUAGGGCCAAUGUAGGUUUAAAAAAGAAAAAAAUAGAUUUGUAGCUAUAAGAGGGGGGUAAUAUUCAGGGAAAAAGAUCAAAAGUUAAGUCUUUUUUUGUAAAUUUAUGACUUAAAUCUCAAUGUUUUUUCUCCUGAAUUUAGACUUUAUAAUCUCAGAAAAUAUUCAGUAUUAUUCCUCAUAAAUUCAAGCGUUGGAUCGUGAAAAUU